GAUGAAGAGGAAGUAUCACCCUCUGAAUCUCCUACAAACCUUGGACCUGGUGCCCCUGGCGCCAUCCAAAGGACGAAAACGUGGCGGCGGUGAUCCUGACCCUACACCUCCCGAUGAUCCUGACGUCGACGGUGGCCGCGAAGUCACAUCAGUCAAGAUAUCGAGAAGAGAGGCAGACAAGGUUGCAGUUCCGCUUUUCCCAAGGAUGACACACCAUGACAGUUGGAUGGCUCACUGCGCUGCGAAUGUCCUCAGUGGUGACAACUCCCAGGGUCCCUACCUGAACGUCAAUCGAAAGGCGAACAAGCGCACGCAUGAUCAGUCAAAGAUGAUCAAAGGAAGACAAAUCAUUGCCAUGAUGUACGAAAGUUUCAGGACUCGUGAUCGACUGGACAUGAUCGUGUCGCUUGACUACCUCAUCAAGCUACAAUGGCAAGGUGAUCAGAAGAUGAAUACGUUCAAGCAGACAUGGUUGGAAAUCAUUAUUGGUCGAAUGCGACCGGAAGACGUACCGUCUGAGACAGCAUUGAGGGAUAUGCUCUAUUCCAAGAUCAAGGAGCAGAUCAGUUCUGGUUUCAAUCUGAUGGUAAUGGGCAAAGAUGCAAUGUCAGCGAUGGCAGCAAAAGCCAAAGGAGGUGGUAAGGGCGCAUGCAAUCCAUCCGACAAGAAGGGCAAUGAGACGGACAAUGAGUGCAAGUUCUUCUUCUCCGAGCACGGCGAGUGCAAGAACGGAGACAGGACGAGGCAACACUCCCAACAGAAGAAGAACAUCAUCAAGAAGCCCAUCGUCCGGAAACCAACAGAAGGGCAUGGAACCCGCUCGCUCCGGCUGUGCGAAAGAAACCACACGUCGAAGAAGACGAAGAGUCAAUGGAGCGACUUCGUCGGCCAGACCAUAGGCGAAGAAAUAAUCAAGGUGGAUACUGACGAACUCAUCGAGAGCGAGAACAGCGUAAACGAGCUUGGGGUCGCUAUGCACAAAGCUCGUUUGAAGGCGCAGUUGAUGAUUGACAUGAUCGAGGAUGAUAAGCCUGGCGAUCGACGUGUGUACAUCGGCGUUCCAGGAUCGAAGAUCAAGUUCCUCAUGGGCGCUGGAUGUGGGCAUGAUCUCAUAUCUCAACGCAAAGUCGAGAAGCAGGGAUAUGGAUUUGUAUGGCCGCCAGGCAAGGAUCCGUUCAUGAUCAAUCCGGAUGGGAAGCGAAUUUCUCUGUUCGUCAACGGCGACAUUCCUUACGUUCGCGCAGGAAGUCGAAAAGCCGGGCCAUGUGACGAUGAGAUCGCAGCCAGCAUCAAAGCCAUAUUCGACAACAUUGGUGAGGAGAAGACACGGAAGGUCCACAUGAUGAUGAAGCCGAAGGACCUCCUGAUGAUGAAAUAUCAGCAGAUGAAGCACCUGGUGAAGAAGUACCGUUGGCAGAAGCGGGAAGGCCUCCAGAACCGCCUGACGGAAGAAAAUGACGCGGAGGAUGAAACGGAAAUCGAAGUCGAAGGAGAAGGAGCACCUAUUCGCGAAGCGAAGAUUGGUACUCUGGAAGCAGAGGCAAAGACCCCUGCACACCUUUGCGAAGAUGAAACACUUCCGAACAGAACGUGGGGCCUUCAAAAGAGAGCUGAAGUCAUGGGGCGAUUUGAUUACAAUCGACAUGCGCAAAGCCCUGACAUGGGCGUGGGCAACGAUGAUGAACGUAGAGAAAUUCUGGUCGCGGGCGAUGUAGCCGCCAAGGUUAUCGCGGCGAUUCCUACAGAAAACCGGUUCACAGAAGACGUCGUUGACGUCCUGAGAAGAUUUAUUGGAAGACGGAAAGUGAAGCUCGCCUACAGUGAUGCCGCUCCCGAGUUCGAUUCAGCAAUGGCGCAACUUCGUAUUCCGAUUGACCACUCACUGCCCGGUCACCCGGAGAACAAUUCUCUUUCAGAAGGGACAAGUCAGGACGUGAUCAACACCGUGGCCACAUCUCUACUACACGCAGGACUACCAGCACAAUAUUGGCCGUUUGCCCUUAACUGUGUGACUGACAAUCUCAACACUGAGGAUGUGGACGGAGAAGGUGAUUCAGCUGGAAAAGGAUGA